AUGCGUUUCUCCGCUGCUGCUCUUGUCACCGUCUUCGCCGGCCUGGCCACUGCCUACACCCAGCCCGACUACUCCCAGGACCCCACCGGCAACCCCAUCCUCACUCCUGGUCUGAACGAGCAGGUCCCUGAGGGCAAGCCUUACACCAUCACGUGGACUCCCACUGCCGGCGACAAGGUCUCUCUGGUCCUCCUGCGCGGCCCCUCCACCAAUGUCCAGCCUCUGGAGACCAUUGUCGAGGACAUCGACAACAGCGGCUCCUACACCUGGACUCCCAGCACCAGCCUGACCCCCGAUACCACCCACUACGGUCUGCUCCUCGUCGUUGAGGGCACCGGCCAGUACCAGUACUCUACCCAGUUCGGUAUCUCCGCCGCCGAGGGCUCCAGCUCCAGCGCCAGCUCGACCGUUGUUGUCACUGAGAGCGAGACCACCACCAUCUGCCCCGAGACCGAGACCGCGGCUCCCUCCACCACCAUCACCCCCACCUGGGUCAUCACCACCACCAUCUGCCCUGAGACCGAGACCACUGCUGCCCCGACUGUUGCUCCCAGCAGCUCCGUCCCUGCCGUGAAGCCCACCACCAUCAAGAGCACCCCUCUGGUCAAGCCCACCGCUACUGCUUCGACCACCCCCACCCCGGUCUUCAACGCUGCUGGCCGCAACGUCGCCAGCUUCGGCGCCGUCAUGGCCGGUCUCUUUGCCUUCAUGGCCCUCUAA